GACAGAGAAGAUGUAAAUGGUAUAUAAGUAACGGAUGUAAGGGGAGAGAAAUUAUUUAAUUUUACAGCACACUUACAGUACUAUCACAGUAUUAACAUUGUGUCUUCUGACUAUAUUAUUUGUCUCCUUAAUAGGUUAACAUUAAUAUCUGCAAUGUGAAGUGUGCAGUAUCUAUAUGCCUUUAGGGUUCCUUAUCAAGUCUGACUCAGUCCCAAUCUGCAGAUGCCUGAUAAGGAAUGUUCCCAGAGAAGCACACUCUCUGUCUAACAGAAUGGCUCCUACCUACACCAGAGACUCUGACAACACCAUGCUCUCUACUAAAGACAAACAUAAACUAAGGAAACCAGUUGUGGAGAAGAUGCGUAGAGACCGCAUCAACACCUGCAUAGAGCAGCUCAAGACCCUUCUGGAGAGGGAGUUCCACAAACAGGACCCCAAUGCCAAGCUGGAGAAGGCUGACAUCCUGGAGAUGACGGUGGGGUUCCUGAAGCAGCAGCUGCAGCCUCAGCGCCCAGUCCUUCAGAGGGCCCACAGUGAGGGCUACUCCCAGUGCUGGAGGGAGACACUGCACUUCCUGUCUUCCAGCUCCAUGAAGGACAUGAUGCUCCAUAACCUCCAGAGAGCUGAACAGGACAUCUGUCUCUCCUCUCCACUCUCCUCCCAACACCAAAACCACAACCAGGGCCCAGUGAAACAGGCCAUCACAGGCCACAAAUCAGUCUGGAGGCCUUGGUAGAACCACCGCAUAGAGAGACUAUCUCACAAACUGGAUGGAUGUUUGCCAUCUUUCUUGCUGUAGGAAAUACAUUUCCAAACGUUAUACUGAAAUUAUAUUAUUUUCUUGUUAUAUUUGAACGGAAUUCUACUGAUGUGAUUAUUUGUUCUCAGAGAAGAAGCUGAAAACAUAUUUGUAUUAAUUCAUAAUGAAGAAUAUGUUUGAUAUUUUAUGUCUAUGUUUAUGUGUGUAUGCAUUUUGUGCUCACUUGAUGCACCAAUGUGUUCUUUAGUCCUUUCAUUUUCUAUGAAGAUGAUUUGUAAAGGUCACAUCUUAAUGUGUAUGGUUGCUUAGCUAACUCAAAUCUUGCUUUAACUCUAUUAUAUGUACUGUCCUAAUGAAGGACAUUUACAAAUGCUUUGAUAUGUCUUUUGUAAAGGCUUUUUGGGACAUUGUUGUUCCACCAUAGGCACUGUUGUGCUGUGAAAUGUAUUGUUGACACUGUGUGUCUUUCAUUCUCACUUGAUAAAGUGAACAGACACCUAAAAUGGAUUCCAAUAAAC